GGGAGAGAGACAUUUUAUGGAGUUACGUGCUGAACAAGUUGCAUCCAUUGGAAAGAAGAAGUCUCAAAGUAAGGAGACGCACUUUUCACACAGACGAACACGUCAGCUCUUCAGGACGGAUAUUUAACUGAAAAUAUAUUGAUUGGAUCAACAACUGGACCGCUGCUUGAAGGAAUCGCUUGCUGAAGCGUCAACCAAACUGAUGAAACGUCAUUACACAAAUUGAUGUUGUGUGGCACUAAAACCAACAGGACAGGCAGAAGUCAUGACCAACCUGUCCCAUCAUAAUAGCUCUAUCCACAGUGUGGAGUUCGGCUGGAUUAAUGACUUUAUGGAGGACAACAGAACAAACUCCACUGCCGGAGAGGGAAACUCUUUAGACUGUGUACAGAUCCUCAUCCCUCAGGAGCUCUUCCUGACGCUGGGGCUCAUCAGCCUGGUGGAGAACAUCCUCGUGGUUCUGGCCAUUGUCAAGAAUCGCAACCUGCACUCGCCCAUGUAUUACUUCAUCUGCUGCCUGGCCGUGUCCGAUAUGCUGGUCAGUGUCAGCAACGUGGUGGAGACGAUGUUCAUGCUUCUCCACGACCACGGGCUGCUGGACGUGCACCCAGGCAUGCUGCGCCACCUGGACAACGUAAUCGACGUGAUGAUCUGCAGCUCCGUGGUGUCCUCUCUCUCCUUUCUUUGCACCAUAGCUGCGGAUCGCUACAUCACUAUCUUUUACGCGCUGCGUUAUCACAGCAUCAUGACCACUCAGCGCGCCGUCGCCAUCAUAGUGGUGGUGUGGCUGGCCAGCAUCACCUCCAGCAUCCUCUUCAUCCUGUACCACACAGACAACGCUGUCAUCGUGUGCCUCGUCACCUUCUUCUGCACCACCCUGGUGUUUAACGCCGUGCUGUAUCUGCACAUGUUCUUCCUGGCGCACGGGCAUUCACGGCGCAUCAAGGCUUUCAAUAAAGGCAGGAGGCAGUACACGAGCAUGAAAGGAGCAAUUACCCUCACCAUACUGCUCGGGGUCUUUAUUUUAUGCUGGGGACCUUUCUUUCUCCACCUCAUCCUUAUGCUCGCCUGCCCCACAAGCCCCUUCUGCAACUGUUUCUUCCGAAACUUUAACCUUUUCCUCAUCCUCAUCAUCUGUAACUCGCUCAUUGACCCGCUCAUCUAUGCCUACAGGAGCCAGGAGCUGCGUAAAACCCUGAAGGAGCUGGUGCUGUGUUCUUGGUUCUUAGGCGUGUGACAUCAAGUAUAUUCAGGAAGAAAAUGAAUGUAGUCUACAGUGUGUCAGAUGAUGCCCAUGCUCCACACUGCGCAACCACAUUUCUGAUAAAGACUUUUGUACAUUUCUUCGUGGAUUUGAUGAUUACUUCCACGUAUUGGUUUUUAUUGUUGCAUUACACCACUCCAUAAACAGGUACCUGCAUUUAAUCCAGUAAAUCUCAACCUGUAUUUUCAUACAUAUUAAUUGCUCCUUCGGAUGAUCGAAAUAUAUGAUCUGUCUUAACUCUCAUUUUAAAAACUUUUGACAACUGUG